GAUUGUGCAAAUCCAAUUCACAGGGCAAUGGAGAAACCCAAAUAUGGAAUGGCAAUUCUCUGUGCGGCCAUCCUGCUCCUUGGCCUGAUUUCUGCCAUUGCAUGUAUAGCUGCUGAAUUCAAGAGAACAAAGGCAAAGGAUGUGAGGUUGGACGGAAAGUUGUGUUCUUUGCCAGGGAGCCCAGCAUUUGGUUUGGGACUUGCAGCAUCAAUCUGCCUUCUGGCUGCUCAGGUCAUUGGAACCUCUGCAAUUGGCUGGCAGUUAUGCUCAAGAGAGAAAAAACUGAAUACCAAUGACAGGAGAAAAGCCACAACAAUUAUUCUCUUCAUCCUCUCAUGGAUCGCCUUUGGAUUUGCAAUUAUUUUUUUGGGUGUGGGGUCGAGCAUGAACCAUAGCCAACGCUAUGGAGACGGAUGGUUGAAAGGACAGUGCUAUGUGGUUAAUGACGGGGUGUAUAUUGGUGCAGCUGUGCUUGUGUUGGCAACAGUAAUUUUCACACUCGGCUUCACUUUCACUGCAAGAAUGACAGAUAGUAGAGAACAAGGAGAACUGGGGAGGAGGGUACAUGCACAAAAACAGGGAGAAAAUGGAGAAGCUGGAGUGAAUUGUAAGCAAUAGGAAGGAGCUGAGCAAAGGCCAGCUUGUGCAGGAAUCAAAGUUGAUAUUUGAUUUCUUUGAUCCCACGCUGCCAAAAAUUACAGAGGAGCCACUCAUUGAUAAUUGACAACAUACAGGGGACUCCGCGAACAGAUAUACUUACUUCAAGAGCAUAUGGUUCUUACAUUGGCUGUCAAAAAAUUGUGGUGGUUUUCUUCUCCACCCUAUGGAGUUAUUAUUGUAUGGGGAAUAAUAGUUGCAAGAAAACAGAAACAUUUUAAUUAAGCAUUCCUUUAUUCUAUAUUGUAGAACACCCAGAGGAAAAGCAUCAUCCUAAUUUCUUGUAUUUGUAAAACUUUACCUACUGCAAAAAUUGCAGAUCAAAGGUUC